GUAGGGAGACUCGGAGGCAGGCUGGGGCCCUUGGAAGGUCCUUAAACUUUGAUUGCUUUAGCUUUAAGUUUUCCCGCUGGUUUAGGGAAAGCGACCCGCAGCCUCAAGGAGAGCAGACAAGCUUCUGGCUCCGGACGCACGGAUAGGCCCGAGGAACCCGCAGUCUGAAACAGGAAACUGCCCGAACCCGGACGAAACUCCUCCGAGGGAUAGUCAGGAAACGCUUGCCGAGGUGGGAAACAAGGGUCCUGCCUUCCGAGAGCCCCUCUAAAGAUGUCUCAAGACCAACCUUUGCUCGCGGUGCAGGAGGCCCUGAGGAAGUGCUUUCCCGUGGUGGAGGAGCAGCAGGGCCUGUGGCAAAGCGCUCUCAGGGACUGCCCGCCCCUCCUGGCCUCCCUCAGCAACCUGGCAGAGCAGCUGCAGGCCGCACAGAACCUGCGAUUUGAGGAUGUGCCGUCACUUCGGGCCUUCCCAGACUUACAGGAGCGGCUGAGGCGCAAGCAGCUGGCGGCUGGUGACACUCUCCUGGACAGGCUAGGGGAGAGGCUAGCAGCCCUCCUCAAGGUGCGUGAUGUAGUCAGCAGCCACGUGGAACACGUGCUUCAGAUCUACGAGCAGCAUGCAGACAUGAUCAGCCUCGAUGCUGUCCUGCAGGCUUCAGCUGCGAGCCCCUCUGUGGCUGAAAUGUUGGAGUGGUUACAGGAUAUCGAGAGACAUUAUCGAAGUUUGUACCUGAAGAGGAAGUACCUUCUGUCCUCAAUCCAGUGGGGAGACUUGGGAAACAUCCAAGCUUUGCCCAAAGCCUGGGACCGAAUUUCGGAAGAGGAGCACCCAGACCUUGUACGAGAUAUCCUGUUGAAUGUUUCCUUCUUCCUGGAAGAGUGAAGAAGCCGUGUGUUUAUCGGGAGACUAGGGGGACGCAGUUGAAGACCGACAUUGCUGCGCUCUGAUAUUUCUAAAGAAAUGUCAGCGUGGCAACUGGACUUAUUGGAAAUGUCAGUGCCUAGAGCCUGAGGAUUGUGCUGGAUGUUUCUGCUGUUGGCUCUUCUUCAUGCCAGGUCACGGAUGAGGGCACAUGGUCACACCUUGCCCUUUUCUAAGGCUCAGGGGAGUGGACAGAGACAGAGAGGAUGCAGGAAAGGCUGUGCAGAAGAACACUGGGGGCAGAAGCAACAGUCACAGAGUGGUGAGGAAGGAAAGGACAGGGGUGGAGAGUGCCGCUGCCCCCAGUGUCCUCCAAACCUCUGAGCCUUGUUGACACCAGGUCCUGGUUUCGUGUAUUUGUGUCAGUACCCAACUCCUUGAUGAAAGAACGUGGCUUUGAUGAUUUAAAGAAGUAAGGGGUGGGACUUCCCUGGUGGUCCAGUGCUUACGAAUCCACCUUCCAAUGCAGGGGGCACAGGUUUGAACCCUGGUCGGGGAACUCAGAUCCCGCAUGCCGAGGGGCAGCUAAGCCUGCGUGCCACAACUAGAGAGGAGCCUGCGUGCUGCAGCGAAAGAUCCCAUGUGCCGCACUAAGACCUGACACAGCCAAAUAAAUAAAUAGAUAUUUUUUAAAAAUAAAGAAGUAGAGGUGAUGUUGGUGGAAAACAGUUACUGUUUUCGAAUUGCAAUAGCUCCUUAUCAUCAAAACAAUUUCAGUUUCCAGCGCCUACCACCAGGGGGAGGUGGUGCAGCAUGAAUUAUUCUGAAUGCUUUGUGUUUGGAAGGGUUCCCUUGUUGCUCUUACUAUCUGAGAGUAAGUAACUGGGGAUAGUGGGACUCCUAAAAUAACAGUUUUUUGGUUUUUGGUUUUUUUAAACCAAAGCUGGUGACUGACUUGCUACAGUUCUCUGAUCUGGGGGUAGGUGCAUGGAUGGGAGAACACCAGCUCACAGUCAGGUGUUCAGGGUUGGGUUUCUGAGGCCCAGUGCCUUCAUCAGUGAAAUGGUCGUGGUACUUCCAGACCUGUCAAAUUCCUGGGCUGGUGUAAAAAUCUGGGUCAUUGGAUGUAAAGAGGCGUAAAGAGGCUUAAUAAAGAGUAUAGAUAUUUUUCAAAGUGAAAAUGACUUUUUUCGUAUUACAAAAGUGAUACAUGCUUUUUAAAAAACAGUAGAAAAAUUGUAGAAAACAUUUAAAAUGCAGAAAAGUAUAAAACAAGCUCCACCAGAGAUAUUUUGUUGAGUAUCUUUUUAGUGUCCAUAUUCACCAGGUUUUUAACAAAACAAUUACGGUGUCAUUGAUAAACACUUGUUUAAAUUAUCUUUAAAAAAAAUCUUAAUGUAGUUUGGCCAGUUUUUCAUAUCCGUGAAUAUAGCUCGACACAAUUAUAUACCAUUUUAUGAAUGUAUCAUAAUGUUAUAUCUUACAUGUAUUUUUUUAAGUCAUCAUGUUUUUCUACCUGUAAGGAUAAUACAUUCUGGCUGUGAGAAAUUGAAGUAUGACAGAAAGUGAAAAAUGCACACUGUCCACCUACCAGAUACAUAAUCGUUUUUAAUAAUGUGUCGUAUAUUCUUCCAGGAAUUUUUUUUUCUUCCAGGGCUUUAAAAAAAUCUAUUCUAUCACAUAUAUAAUAAUUGUAAAUAACACUUAAGACAUUUGGGUAUCAGGUCUUAUGAUGUGCUGUGGGUACAGAGGUGAAGGAGAGCCCUAAACAGAUUUAUAGUUCAACCAGGGAAAGGUUUAAACCAGUGUUUCUCAAGCUUGAAAAUGUAUAUAAAUCACUGGUAUCUUGUUAAAAUUUAGAUUUACAUUCUGUAGGUCCUGGAGUGGGGCCCUGGACUCUGCAUUUCUAAUGAGGUCCCAGGUGAUGCUGAUGAUCUAAGGACCAGACUUUUUAAGUGAAGAAAUUUAAACUGUAAUAUAAUAAUGCUGUAUUUGAGAUCAAAACAGAAUUCCAUGAGAGAACAGAGGUGACAGCCAGCUGCUUGUGGGACUACUUCGUGGUGACUGUGACAUCUGAGUCAGGCCUUGAGGCUCAGGAAGGAGCGCAGGGUGCUCCACGCACAGGGACAGUGUAAGCAAAGGCAGUAUUUGAGAAAGAAUGGAAGCUGAUACCUCCUGGAAGUGUGCGGGCUUCGUGCUUGUGGCUUGUACCGCUUAGAACUGGAAGCAUUAACAGUUGACUAUAGCAAGUCACUGGAGUUCACAGGGGGACGGAAGAGUGGCAGGAAAUGGGUCUGUAAAGGUGAACUGGAAUGAAUUUGUGAAUGCCAUGAUCAAGAGUAUG